AUGUACCUUAUCAGCACCUACCACACUAUUACCUUCAUAUACCGAACGUGUAAGCCUUCAGUAAGCAGACGAUUCUCACGCCGUUCUCACCUGCAGUACCGGGCUCUCUUAUCUCGCUAUGGAAAGCCUCAAACUAGGUCUUACAGGCGUGGAGGCGGCGUUGGAGCGCUGGACGGAAGGGCGGGAGAAAUGGCAGGUCGUGGCAGGCUCGGCGACCCUCACGCUGGCGGCGAUGGCGUUGGGGAAUCUCUACGCCAACAGAGCCGACGUGAAGGACGACGUUCGGGCCUGGGUCUUCCGCGUCCUUCGCUCCAUCCCCCCCGUCAAGAGGUACAUCCAGAAGCAGCUGGAUCAGUCCCGCAAAGAGAUACAGAAGGGGAUCUUCGAGGACGCCGGGGCCUCCGUCGCGCCCUCUCGCCCCUCAAGGAGCUGCCUAAAGACGGGUGGUCGGAGGAGCGGGUCCUGGAAGUCGCCGCCAACACGCUGGGGAAAGGCAACUACGCCUGGCAGGACGGCAAGAUCUCCGGCGGCGCCUUCUCCGGGAGCAACGACGACCUCUCCGAAGUCCUCCUGAAGGUGUACGGGAUGACGGCGCUGACGAACCCCCUCCACGCGGACAUGUUCCCCGGCGUGAGGAAGAUGGAGGCGGAGAUCGUGAGGAUGAGCCUGUCCCUCUUCCACGGGGACGAGGAGGCGUGCGAUGCGUGGAUGACCUCCGGGGGGUCAGAGAGCAUCCUGAUGGCGAUGAAGGCGAUGCGCGACUGGGGGAGAGAGGUCAAGGGCGUGAAGCAGGCCGAGGUCGUCAUGUCCGUCACAGGUCAUUCGGCUUUCGACAAGAGUGCCUCGCUGCUUGGCAUGAAGAUAAGGAAGGUACCUGUCGAUCCUGUUUCCUUCGAGGUCGACGUCAGUGCCAUGAGGAAGGCUGUCAACAGGAACACAGUCAUGCUCGUGGCCUCGGCGCCCGAUUUCCCCCACGGCAUCAUCGACGACGUGGAGGCCAUCGGCGCCCUCGGCCUCACCUGCGGCGUCCCCGUCCACGUCGACUGCUGCAUGGGCGGCUUCCUCCUGCCCUUCAUGGACGCCGCCGGCUACCCGCUGCCGCCCUUCGACUUCCGCGUCCCGGGGGUGGUCAGCAUCUCGGCCGACACGCAUAAGUACGGCCAGGCUCACAAAGGCUCCAGCGUGAUCAUGUACCGAAGCCCAGAAUUCCGACACUACCAGUACUUCGUGACACCCGACUGGCCCGGAGGCAUCUACGGGUCGCCGACAAUCGCCGGUUCUCGACCCGGAG